AUGCUGUUUACCCCUUCUUCAUCUCAUUCUACACAACCAGUAUCAUCUUCCGGCAAGAGCGAAUUGCCUCCGUCACAGCCACUGCCAUCGUCUUCACUAUCAUCUACACCUUCUACAUCUGAUGCUCGAUGUAUUGAGACUCUAUCUCAUCCUAUCUCUUCACCAUCCAAUGCGACGAUUAUUAUCAAUGGACCACAAAAUAGUCGUCCCUCAUCGGCAAGUCAAUCUCAUUUUUCUCAGCUACCCGAUCAAGAUUGGUUUUCUUCUGCAUCAUCUCGUCUAUCGAUUCAUCCAAUAACGCCAACGUCAACACCACAAAUACUGGAUACAAAACCAUCGAGUGCAACACGUCGUGUUUCUUGUCCAGUUCCACAUGACAAUAAUAAAAAAACAAGUCGGUUUCAUUUUCCAACUAUUAUAACAUCAACAAUUCGUGAUGCACUCAUGACGACUACACCGACAGGAAAUCCAAAUAUUUAUACAAACGAUUCAUUACAUUCGUCGAAGAUAACAUCAUCAGGAUGUGUGCGACCAACUAGUAUUUUUUUACCAGUUGCAAAUCCCGUUGCCGCAGCUGCUCUUGUCGAAGAUGAUGAAUCUGCCGCAAUGGAUGAACAACCAACAAAAUCUAUUGAAUCCUCUCCACCAUAUACACUUAAACAUAGUACAUAUUCUCAUCCUACAUCUACUGAAGGUUCUAAAAAUACAGGCCCUUCUUCUACACACAGUCACAAUAAUAAAGCAAUUUUAAAUGUUGGCGGUGUUCGACACGAAGUACUGUGGCGAACACUUGCACGUCUGCCAAGUACUCGUUUAGGUCGUUUGGCACGACUACGUCGAUCAACAGUACCAUCAUCACGUCCGAUGCCACAUGAUGAACUCAUUCGUUUAUGUGACGAUUAUGAUUUAUCGAAUGGAGAAUUCUUUUUUGAUCGUCAUCCACGUUCAUUUACAUCAGUCAUUAAUUUCUAUCGUACUGGGAAACUUCAUUUAGUGGAUGACAUAUGUGUCAUAUCAUUUCAUGAUGAUUUAGUUUACUGGGGUAUUGAUGAAUAUUAUUUAGAAUUAUGUUGUCAAAAUAAAUAUCAUCAAAAAAAAGAACACGUUCUAGAAGAAAUGAAAAAAGAAGUUGAAUUAUUAAAAGUAGAAAAAGGCGAAUCAUUCGGUGAGCAUUGCUGCCCACAAGCUAGACGAAAAAUAUGGGAUCUUGUUGAACAUCCACAUACAUCUAAAGCAGCACGAGUUAUUGCCUGUGUUAGUAUUGCUUUUAUUCUUCUUUCUUCAUUUACAUUAACAAUUAGUACGAUUGAAGGUAUUGGUUGUGCACCAAAUUUUACAGAUAUUGACGCAUCGAUUGAUCGUGCAGCAGCAGCUGAUGCUGAUGCAGUACAUAUAGCUGCGCAAUCAGCUGCUCGACAAUUAGUUAUUGAACAUCAUGAAUCAGAUCAAGAAUGUCGCGAACCCUUAACAUUAUUUAUUAUUGAAGCAUUAUGUAUAUCAUGGUUUACAAUGGAAUAUAUUAUACGUGUAUUUGCAACACCAAAUAAAUGUAAAUUCUUCAAAGGUGUUUUAAAUACGAUUGAUCUCAUUGCUAUUGUUCCAUUUUACAUAUCGAUUAUUCUUGAAACAUUAGAUACAGGAAAUUUAAAAAAUUUAAAAUCCGUUCGAAAAGCUGUGCAAGUAUUUCGUGUUUUACGUAUCAUGCGUAUACUAAAACUAGCACGUCAUUCGACUGGUCUUCAAUCGUUAGGUUAUACGUUACGACGAAGUUAUAAAGAAUUAUCCAUGUUACUCAUGUUUCUUGCUAUAUUUAUUUUAUUAUUUUCAAGUUUAGCGUAUUUUGCUGAAAAAGAUGGAAAUGCAAUACAAUUUCGUUCAAUUCCACAUGCAUUUUGGUGGGCAAGUAUUACAAUGACAACAGUCGGCUAUGGUGAUAUAUACCCAAAAUCUAUGUGGGGUAAAUUAAUUGGCUCAGUUUGUUGUGUUUGUGGUGUACUUGUUAUUGCUCUACCGAUUCCGAUUAUUGUUAAUAAUUUUGCUGAAUAUUAUAAAGAACAACUACGCCGCGAGAAAGCCAUGAAGCGUAAAGAAGCUAUUGAUCGUGCAAAAAAGAAUGGCUCAAUAAUGUCUAUUCAAUCACAUUGUAUACCAAGCACAAAUGUAGCUCCCGGUGAUGUUAAUACACGUCAUAUGAAUGCUACGAAAUAUAUGUCGAGUCUUGUACAUGCAAGUGAUGAACCAUUGCAUGAUUCAGCGUGUUAUGAAAAGAAAACAUUAUUAUCUCCAUCGCAACAAGCUCAACAUACAGUUGAACUUUUUCAGGAUAACACUGAAAUUUCGAAGCCACAAGACGAAGAUGCUAAAGAGGCUUUACUUGCCAAACAAGAUAUUUCAACUGAAUAUGAACCUAAAAAUACUAUAUCUGACAGUUAA